GUUUCGUCAAUUUACCAUCUAAGAGAUAUUAAUAGCUUUAAAACCCUAGACAUCACUUUCUCGCAUCUUUACCGCCCGAGCUUCGUUUUCUGCUCUGAACUUCGAUACGGCAAAAAUGGCUUCAGAGAAGAAGCUAUCUAAUCCUAUGCGUGAUAUCAAAGUCCAAAAACUUGUCCUCAACAUCUCCGUUGGUGAAAGUGGUGAUCGUCUUACCAGAGCUGCCAAGGUGCUCGAACAACUCAGUGGCCAAUCCCCAGUCUUCUCCAAGGCUCGGUACACUGUCCGGUCUUUUGGGAUCCGGCGUAACGAAAAGAUUGCGUGUUAUGUGACCGUGAGAGGCGAUAAAGCAAUGCAGCUUCUUGAGAGUGGUCUGAAGGUAAAGGAAUAUGAGCUCUUGCGCCGUAACUUCAGUGAUACUGGCUGCUUUGGUUUUGGAAUUCAGGAGCAUAUUGAUCUCGGAAUUAAGUAUGAUCCCUCUACGGGUAUUUACGGCAUGGACUUCUAUGUUGUUUUGGAACGACCAGGUUACCGUGUAGGUCGCCGCCGUAGAUGCAAAUCAACUGUUGGAAUUCAGCAUAGAGUCACCAAAGAGGAUGCCAUGAAGUGGUUCCAAGUCAAAUAUGAAGGAGUUAUUCUCAACAAGUCUCAAAAUAUAUCCUAGAAAAGGGGGUUCAAGUUUUACCUUUUGAGGAAAUGAUGUCUCAAACCAGAGUGAGCUUAUGGUAUCCCUAUGGAUUCGUGGACUGGUAAAAUGAAGUCGUCUAGGCCAGAAUGGAAAAAGCAUAACAAAAGAGGAAGAAGAAAAAACAUGGGGCAAUGAUUUAUGGGGCUUAGCAUUAAAUAUUUGGGCCCCAUCCAAAUGUACAUUAGACGACUCUUCUUUUAUUUGAAGCAAAGGUUAAUUCCAUAAACAAACUGUUUCCAUUAUCAUCUACUACUUUUCAUCAUUAUAAAUUAUAAUUGCCUACCCAUUACCCAA